CAUCUAACGGGAACAAUACUAAAAGAGUGUCAAAAAUGGCAGGACACUGUUUAUUCUGCUAAUAACUUCCGCAACCUUUUAUCUAUAACUAAGUGUUUAAUAAGUUAUAUAGACAUUUGUAUGUAUUGAUAAUCUGUUUAAUUUUCUGUAUUACCACUCUUGUACAAAAAUCUAGUUAGGAAACUUUUACUUUUUCACUGAGCGAUAUUAUAUUGUUUACAACAUGAUAUGGGUUGGUGUAAACUAUGAUACAAGUAAACAAUUAUUAAAAUUCCAAUCUGGCGACGAUUUGGAAGAGGUGAAAAGAGAAGCUUGUAAACUAUUUAACCUGCACGACUAUGAAAAUUAUACAUUAGUAAUAGCAAGUGAUAAUGAUGCAGAAAAAGGGAUUAUUCUGGAUAGUGAGAACAUAAAAGAUGUCCAAAAUGGAAAUUUUAUAACAAUUUUUCCGAAUCAUAUUCAAUAUGGCGAAAAAAUAUUAAAAUUACUUAAUGAGGCCAUCACUGACAGGCAUAAACAUGACAUAAGACAAUUUAUUCAAUUAAUUAAACAAGAAGUUUACCUUCAAUAUUUUCUACGAAACGAAGGAUUCGAUAAAACUCAAAAUUGGAUAAUUAAUAAUUCCAACCAUGAAUAUUUCAAUGAAGUUUUCAAUUUGUUAAACGCGGUGGUUGAAAGUGAUUUGAUCGUUUGGUGUAAAGUAAGGGAAGAACUAUUCUCGAUGCUUCUAGAGAAAAUAAAAACUAUUAAUGAAGGCACAUUGACCUAUAUUGUUAUGUUGACUAGAAAAUUGGAUCAUUUAAUUGAAAAAAAUAUUGACGGAGAAAUAGACAAGAACGUUAUCAAUUUAAAGAAUUUAUCACUAUUGAUAAAUUACACUACGGACUCUGAAAUAAAAUUAGAAGCAAUAAAAUACUUAAAUAAAUGUUUGUCUCAUUCAAACAUAAGUUCAAAAUUUAAGAAGAGCGAUAUUUUAAGUUUAAGAAAGUUUUCAUUAGUUGAACAUUGUCCUUCAUCAUUUAUAGAACAUUUAAAAACUUUACAAUUACUUCUGCUCAAAUUUAUUUGUAGUGUUAAGAUGGAUAAUUUUUCGGAAAGGAGAAUACUUAGCUCAAUCAGUGAUCUUCAAAGAAAAUUCUUUAAUAGGGCUGAAAUUGAAUCGUUAAAGAACGAUUACAGCUUUGAACAUUGCUCAAGUCAAUACGAAGAGAAAUUAUUUACAACUUUACUAGUAGAUUGUUUACUAUUUUAUGCUGAAAAUCAAUUGGAUGACUUUCAUCGGAGUUUAUGCGACUUUCUAGAUCUAUCGGAGACUGUAAAAGAAGACGGAGAUGUUAUUUCUUUUCAACCAAUGUUAUUCACUAUCGAAAAACCGAUUGAAGAGUUAUUUUCUUUAAUGAUUCAAAUAUUCGCCAAAACAUGGAAAGAAAUGAAAGCAUCAUCCAUGGGAGAUGUAGGAAUUGUUAUUGACUUUAUAACAAAACUAUUUCAGAGUAGAAGCAAAAAUCAUAUUUUAAAAAUGGAAGACUUUAGAUCGGAAAUACUAAGAUAUGAUUUUAAAAAGAUAGAGAAUGAAUGGAAAUUCGGAUAUAGUAGUAUUGUAAAGAAAAAAAUGGAAAGUUCUCCUGUCAAGUUUCUGCACGAAAAACUGAUAUCCCAUUUUAUAGAUGCUAUCAGGGAAAAUCGACUUAAUCAGAUGCAACAUAAGAAGACUUUAGCGUCAAGUUGUUCCUUUAGCUGGUCAAAAAUAUCUCACAAUAGACGAUGGAUAUUGACGGAUCAAAUGAACAUCGAAAUAAGUAAGAUAGCAAGUAUCUCUAGAUCCGAAAUACAGAGGGAUACGAAAAAAUCUCAACACACUAAUCCUGCCUUAAAAAUUAAACAAACUGACGGAACUGUUAUAGAUUUUAUAUUUACAGAUAAAGAAUGGUGUGAUAUUUGGGAAGAUGGCUUGAAAUUUUGUCUUAUGCAAACUCCUAAUUCUGAUAGAUAUAAGGAAGAUUUGCAAGAUUUAAUUAAAAUGGAAACACAAGUUAGAGUUUCUAGGAUUGAUAAUAUUCUUAACAUUCCCAAUGGACAACCUGACCUUUCACAGCUAAAGCCUGUUCCUCUAAUUAACCCACGAGACUUUCAGUAA